CCUAGACUCUGAAACAGUUUGUACCGGAACAUUUAGCUGUACACAUCAAACAUGGCAGCCAACAUUGAACAAAUUUUCCAAGAUUUUAUUUUGAAUAAAAUCAGAGAAAUUGAAGACCAGAAUGGCGACAAAAAUACAUCUCAAGAAGCAGCUUCAUGCAGUGAAAUGAUUCCAGACGAUAGUAGGGACAAAAAGAGUGAUGGCAAGAGUUCACAUAAGAAACAUAAGAAGCACAAAAAACAUAAAAGUAAAAAGAAGAAGCGGAACCGGGAAAAGGAGGCAAGAGAGAGCAGUUCCGAAUCCUGGGAAGAAUUGGAUGUUUCAUCCAGAAAAGAAGCCAAACCAGACAAUGAACAGCCAGCAAGUAGCUCCAGGGGUCACAAGCACAAAACGGGGAAAAAGAAGAAAAAGAAGAGGCAUAAAGAUGAAAAAAGAAAGUCGUCCGAUUCUGACUCUGAGCAAAGAAAGAGUAAAUGUGCUGAAAGCUUGUUGCCAAGACAAUGUGAUGAGUUGCCUGAUAUCAUCCCAAAACAGGACAGUUCCAGUGGCGCAAAAGCAGAUGAGGAAAAAAAGGGACGCUCUCAUUCACAUUCCAACGUUUCACAUUCCAACUCGGAGAAGUGGAGUUCUCGACCCGGCAAGCGAAAAUCUAGAUCUCCCUCACCACCCACUUCACAGGGUCACCACAACUCAUCCAGUUCCAUAGGCAUUACAGGCUGCUUGGACCCACCUAGAGAGUCCAAACAAGAUGUGGCAAAAGACAUCAAAAUGGCGUCUCCAAGUCCAAAAAGAAGUGCUACAGCAGAGGUUCAGAGGCUGGAUCAUAAUCACAAGCCUGCAGAGACCACAAUAGAAAUCAACAUAGAAAAUUCAGGUGCAAUUUGUGCUUCAUCUCCAUCCUUGCCAAAAUCAUCUCGUCAGUCACAUCAGACUGAUGAGCCCAUCGUCCCACAGCAGAAGGAAUCAGAACAAACUUCGCCCGGUGCGAGAAAAUCGCCCACCAAAAAGAUGCGUAAACCUUCCAAGUCCCCACCAGGGAACAAAGAGAAAUCAGCGAAGAGGCGGAACAGAUCUCGGUCACCUUGUAGGACUCACAGGACUAGGUCCAGAUCCAGGAGUGCCUCAAGAAGGAAGCGAUCCCGGUCACCUCGCAGGACCCACAGGACAAGGUCAAGAUCCAGGAGCUCCUCCAGAAGGAAGCGGUCUCGAUCACUUCGUAGGACCCAAAGGACAAGGUCCAGAUCUAGGGGCUCCUCAAGAAGGAAGCGAUCCCGGUCACCUUGCAGGACCCACAGGACGAGGUCCAGAUCCAGGAGUUCUUCAAGAAGGAAACGAUCCCGAUCAAGGUCCAGAAGUGGGAGGUCACGAAGGUCACGCUCUGAUUCGCGGAAUGCCAAGCGUCGGGCAAAUUACAGCCAGAGGGAUCGCUGGAAACGAGAACCAAGCCACUCCCCUGUGCUCAUCCUGCGCAAAAAAAGAUCCCCUACAUGGAAACAUGUCUCGCAUCCUGACGGCCCUCAACAAAUCACUGAACAUGGCAAGGAGCAACUAUUGGAAAUUGCCAAGGCCAACGCAGCCGCCAUGUGUGCCAAAGUGGGGAUGGCCAUCCCGGAAAGUCUGAAAAGCUCAAUGCUGUCAAUGACAUUCCCAAAUAUGGCCAUGAAUGCUGCGAUGACGGCAGCAACCAUGACCGCUGCCUUGUCCAACAUCAACACCUUGUCCUCGUUGCUGCCGCUGCCCAGUAUAAUUAACAAAUCUCCUGGUGCAAUUCCCACCAACCCCUUAAAUGCUGCAAUGGAGGAAAUGAAAAAGAAAAUGGCAAAGCAGGCUAACAUCAUCAGCAUUAAGGAGUUCACAGAUAAGUGUAAGAUGAUUGUGGACAGCAAAGGUGAGCUGCCGGUAGCGUUGCCCCAUGUGGAAAAUGAGGAGGAGGACGACGGGAAACUUUUUGGAGGAUCAAUUCUGCGUGAAAAUAAGGCGAUCAGCUUCAACAUCAAUAGCGCGACUGUGCGACCAACAGCCCGAAGUGAUGCCGGUAAAGCUAAGGAGUUCCCUGUGUCAUCAGGAUCUCAACAUCGUAAAAAGGAGAGUAAGACAUUGGAUGCCUAUGGAGAUUGGGUCCCAGUGGAGAAAACGUCAGAGGACACAAAAAAUGCCGUCAGUGUCGCGACUGUCAGCUCAUCGUCAGGUUCCAGUGAGGCUUUGAAAGCCCCCGAGUUGCCAGGGAGUGCUGAGGAGUCAGGGGCAGAUGAUGACAACGUGUUUCCUGAUCCACCGCCGCAGCCUGUCGACAUCUCUCAGGCCGUGAGCGAGAGAAUCAAAGCUCAGAAACGAUUGGCCGAGAACCCCUAUGACGUCAAUGCCAUUUGCAUGCUUAGCAGGGCCCAAGAGCAGGUGGAUGCGUGGGCCCAGUCCAACACAGUCCCUGGUCUUUUCACGGGGUCCACAGGAGCUCAGGUCCUCUCCUCGGAAGAGCUGUCCAACAGUGGCCCACAGGCUUGGCUGAAGAAGGACCAAUUCCUAAAGGCAGCACCAGUAACAGGUGGCGUAGGGGAAUUUUUGAUGAAAAAGAUGGGCUGGAGGUCAGGUGAGGGCCUCGGGAGGAAUCGUGAAGGCACAGUGGAACCUAUCGUCAUUGACUUCAAGGUGGACCGCAAAGGACUACUUGCUGAGGGGGAGAAGCCACAGAAAACAACAGGGGGGCUGGUAGUAACCAAGGACCUCAUGGGCAAGCAUCCGGUGUCAGCUCUUAUCGAAUUGUGCACUAAGAAACGGAUGACUCAGCCUGACUUUGUCAUGGUCCACCACAGCGGCCCAGACCACCGCAAGAAUUUUCUUUUUAAGGUCACAGUAAAUGGUGCCGACUAUCAGCCCCAAACAGCCAGUCCAAACAAGAAACAUGCCAAAGCUAUGGCAGCAACUGUGGCACUGCAGGCUCUUGGAGAGGUUCCCGCUGAUGGACCGGGACUCUAUACUGGUCCUGUCUUCACGGCCGCUUCCACUGGGCCUUUGUUCUCCACGUAGACGUGCAACUGCAAACUGCUUAUGUGCCCGUUGUUCUUCUCUUCCUCAUUUUUCUAUACCGGUAGUUAUGCAGCACUGUAUCAAGUGGCUUAAUCUACCAUUAGAUUUGUUGAGUUAACAAUACUUACAAUGGCCAUAUAUAACUGCAGGUUCUCUGCGUCCUAGUAAGAGGAAGCAGAAGGAGGAAGAGGUUGGUAAACAUACUGAAGAAGCUGUUUUGAUUUUGGAGGGGUGCAAAGUUUUGUUGAUGCUAGUGACUGAAAUAGUAUUUACACCCUUAUCCUCACUCCCAACUAGAUGUAAUUGCUACUUACCUGUUUCAGACUUUUUUUUUUUUUCCCCACAAGUUAUUGGGAUUUUUGGGGGGGUCAAAAUCAUGAUGUCUGUUUGUCAUCUUAUUUUAAUGUGUUAGAGUUUUAAAAAUUGCUAUGGGAAAAAGGAUCAUUAGACAAAGCUUGUGAUGGCCUUUUGCACAGUGCUGCUGUAUAUUGACAAAAAGCAUUUCGACUCGUGAACUGUUGUGCAACUUUGGAAUUUUUUUUAAACUUAAACAUGAGGAUUGUAAGAUAGUCUCAUUCAUAAUUAUGUGUAGUAUUACAGACAACCGAUUGUUACACAUUCAGAUGAUUCUCAUGCACUGUGUAUUAAAAUAAAGCUAUUUAUGUGACCUCGUGGAGGAAUUGUGUUGGGGAGGGGGGGUCCGGUAAAUAGCCUCUCAUGCAAGGGAGAUGCAGACAAAAAUGGCCGGAACUACACCCAAAUGCAAA